CGACGUCCGCGCCCAUCGGUUGCGUCUCAGUGGUCCAUCAAUGUUACCGUGGUCUUUCAUGCGUCCGUUAAUGCCUCUCCAAUGUGUCCAAACGCCACCGACUCUUUUCCAAAUCCAAAUCCGAGUCUGAAUGCGCUCGAGGGCUUUAAACCAAUGGCUUCAAUGUCCCGACACCGCCGACCGAUGCCGCCAAAUCGAAGCGGAAGUGCCCCAUCUCACUUAUAUAUGGGCCCACGUCGGACGAUGGCGCAGCGCCGCUCUCUUUCUGCUGCCCCCACCAUGCCACCUGUCGUGCUCCGCAUCCCUGUGGUCCCCGUCCCGCUAUCCAAUCUGACAAGCAGGUGAGUAUAUGCGCAUAUACCAACACUGAAAGACUUUGUUGACAUCAACUCAUGCCUCUCGACACUGUGUUGUACUCGAUAUCGCAGGGGCAGUCGAGCCAGUCGACAUGCUGCCGCAAAUGUUCGGGGCGGGCUCAAGGUGCUCUACGCUCGCUCUUUUGAUAGCUGUGUCGU